AUGGCUCCUCGAUUCUGGACUGCGCUAUGUGCGCUAAGCCUCGGUCACGCGGCCGUCGCAGCACCGCAGCUGGCAGCUCGUGCAACUGGCAGCUUGGACACUUGGCUGGCAUCAGAGACGUCAGUUGCACGAACGGGUAUCCUCAACAACAUCGGAUCUAGUGGUGCCUACGCUGCCAAUGUGAAGGCAGGCAUUAUCGUCGCCAGUCCCAGCACCGACAGCCCGGAUUACUAUUAUACUUGGACUCGUGACUCAGCCUUGACUAUGAAGGUCUUGAUUGAUCAGUUCAAGAACGGCGAUACCUCGCUGCUCACGGUGAUCGAGGAGUAUAUCAGCUCUCAGGCGUAUCUCCAGACUGUCUCCAACCCGUCGGGCUCUCUUUCUACUGGUGGUCUGGGUGAACCCAAGUUCAACAUUGAUGAGAGUGCCUACACCGGGUCGUGGGGUCGCCCUCAGCGUGACGGACCUGCCCUCCGAGCCACUGCCUUGAUUGCCUUUGGCCAGUGGUUGAUUAGCAACGGAUACACUACCCAGGCGACCAAUAUCGUUUGGCCAAUCGUGCGCAAUGACCUCUCAUAUAUCGCACAAAACUGGAAUAGCUCGGGAUACGACCUCUGGGAGGAAGUCAGCGGAGAGUCCUUCUUUACUACUGCUGUGCAGCACCGUGCUUUGGUUGAGGGUAGCACUUUUGCAAGCCAAGUCGGCUCUUCUUGCUCAUACUGUGACUCGCAGGCCCCACAGGUUCUUUGCUUCCUGCAGUCCUUCUGGACCGGAUCCUACACCCUUGCCAACUUUGGCAGCAGCCGUACUGGAAAAGAUGCCAACACUCUCUUGGGCAGCAUUCACACCUUUGAUCCCCAGGCUGGCUGUGAUGAUUCUACUUUCCAACCUUGUUCUGCCCGAGCAUUGGCCAAUCACAAGGUAGUUACUGACUCUUUCCGCUCUGUCUAUACAAUCAACAGCGGUAUCGCUGAGGGCAAGGCUGUGGCAGUCGGCCGUUACCCUGAGGACUCUUACUACAACGGCAACCCCUGGUAUCUGUGCACAAUGGCUGCUGCCGAGCUUCUGUAUGAUGCUUUGUACCAGUGGAACCGAAUUGGCUCCCUGACCAUCACCUCCGUGUCUCUGGCCUUCUUCCAGGACAUGUACAGCUCCGCAGCUACUGGAACCUACUCGUCGUCUAGCGCAACUUACUCUACAAUCGUCGGCGCGGUCAAGACCUAUGCUGAUGGAUAUAUGAGCAUUGUGGAGGAGUACGCCAUGACCAACGGGUCCAUGAACGAGCAAUUCUCCAAGUCUGAUGGCUCACCCCUCUCCGCUCGUGAUUUGACCUGGUCGUAUGCUGCUCUGAUAUCUGCAAACAACCGACGAAACUCCAUCGUUCCUGCUGCAUGGGGCGAGACCUCUGCAAGCAGCGUGCCAGCAACAUGCAGCGCCACUUCUGCCACGGGUACCUACAGCACCGCGACCUCCACCUCGUGGCCAGCCACCUUGACUAGCGUGUCUGGAGCGACUACUACUACUACCACUACCAGCACCAGCCAGACUAUCACUGCGACUGGAACCACCACUACCACAUCCAAAAGUUCGACAACUACUACCACGACUUCCUCGUGCACCACCCCUACUGCCGUGGCCGUGACAUUCGACCUUAUCGCAGCAACCUACUACGGCGAAAACAUCAAGAUCGCGGGUUCCAUCAGCCAGUUGGGCUCCUGGGAUACUUCCAACGCAGUCGCCUUGAGCGCAGCAGACUACACAUCCAGCAACCACCUCUGGUUUGUGGAUGUCAGCCUGCCUGCUGGCACAGUCUUCGAGUAUAAGUAUAUCCGGAUCGAGAGCGAAGGAACCAUUGAGUGGGAAAGUGACCCGAACCGCUCGUACACUGUGCCUGCAGCUUGCGCCACUACUGCUGUUACCGAGAGCGACACCUGGCGGUAG